AUGCACACAAUCGCCUCACAAGGCUUCAACCUCCAAUCCACCGCCUACGAACGCGCCCGCCCCUCCUACCCCCCCACCGUCGUCACCCACCUUACCCAACACGCCCUCCCGCGUCUGUCCACGCAGCCUUCAGAAUGCCAUGUCCUGGACCUCGCCGCGGGGACGGGUAAACUCACCCGCCUGCUUACACCGUUCAGAUUCAAACGCUUGGUGGCGGUAGAACCUGUGGAAGCUAUGCGGGCGCAGUUCAGGGAGGUGGUGCCUGAUGUGACGAUUGUGGAGGGGACGGCGGAGGGUAUCCCAUUUCCAGAUGCAUCGUUCGACGCGGUCUGCAUCGCACAGGCAUUCCACUGGUUCGCGACCCCCGCAGCUCUCCGCGAGAUCCAUCGCGUGCUCAAACCGGGUGGGGGGUGUGCGUUGAUCUGGAACCUGGAGUCGCCUUCAGGGUUGUCGGGGCAGCUCCGGGAGUUGUAUGAGCAGUACGAGAUGGGCACGCCGCAGUAUCGUCUCGGUUUGUGGCGGAAGGUGUUUGAGGAUACGAGCGUGAAAGCUUUGUUUACGGAGAAGAGGGAGGUGUCGUUUGAGCGGAUCGUGCAGUAUACGGAGGAGGAGUCGUGGUUGAGGAUUUUGAGCAAGAGUUAUAUUUCGUGUCUGGAUGAAGGGACGCAGACGGAGUUGGAGAGGAGGGUGAGGGAGAUUUUGAGAGGGCCCGAUGUGGUGUGGAGGGAGGUGAGAGAAAGGGAUGGAGUACGCCGCGUGCAUGAUUUUCCGUAUCAGACGGAUUUGGUGUGGUUUCUCAAGAAAUGA